CGCUUUGAUCCGAACAGCAGUCGAGAAACACACACGCCCGACACACCUCCCGCGAGGUACCGCAGCUCUCUGCAAGGGAGCGGAGAAGAACCCGAGGAGCUGGGUGCGGUUGGUUGAGAAGACGGCUGCUACGUGUUACCCGUCACAGCAGGAGCACAGCGUUUUUUCUGUUUUUUACUUCAUACAAGUAAAUAGCAUACAAAGUAGCAUGUCAACAGCAAUAGCAGCAGCGAGGCAGCAAAGGAAGCGGCCGCCGCCGUCGGCUAGCGAGGAGGCAAUCCGCCUCAUGAAGCACAUGAAGCCAGCCGAGCUGAGAAAGAUCAGCAAGGCUGCCAUGAUUCUGGAGAAGAGAAAGCUGGAGGACAACAAAAAGGUUGCAGCUUUCGUGGCGAAGAAUGACAACUUUGUCGAGCUGGUGGGCGAUUGCUACAUCUGUUUAGAGCCCCUUCUGAACAACAUCGGCACAACCAAAUUCGGAGUGGUCAGCUGGAGAUGCCGCUGCACCGUACCUCAGAAGGCGCACUCGGCGUGCGUGUUCUCCAAAAUUUGCCACGUGGCCAACUCGCAGGGUACAUGUGACAUGUGCGACUCCCCAAUGAUGUUCGAGAAGACCAGACGGAAGGGUACCCAGGCCACAAUACGAUUUCACCGGGAUGAGGAGCGGGCAGAUGACGCCGACCCAAGCAGUGACAGCGAAGAGGGGGAAAGCAGCGGCAGUGAGAGCCUUUCCGACGUUAGCAACGAGGACAGCAACAGCAGUCUCAGUGGCAGCGAUCUCAGCAACAGCGAAAGCUCGAGCGGAUCUGACAGUAAUGAAGAGGAUGGCGACUAGUUAGCGCGAUUACAUUGACGCGGGAAACAUUUUGUUUCGGAUGUGUCUGCAAGGGGCAGGACGCCAUUGCGCCGAAGUGCAGGCGUCAUUUGGUAUUGAGGAUAGUCGAAGGUGCAACUAUGAUGUUGCCGAGAUGGGGAAGCGCAGUCGACACUUCCAGCAUGUAAAUCUCUGCCGAUACAAUGGGGAAAUUCCUGUGUAAUGGUGCACCCUACAAACUUUGAUUUGGGUCAUUCAUUUCAUAUGCUUGUAGACGGAAAGGCACAAGGAUGAAGCAAUUGGAGAGUCGGUCAAAGAGAAUGGAGGUUACCAAAGAUUGGUUCCCUGAAGUAGCGACCCUUUACCCUCUUUGCUCCCCUCCGGUGUACCAUGCAUGACAAGGAGUGAUGAACGGGGUCGAGACCAGGACAGUUGAGUCCGAACACCGAGUAUGCGCCCAAGAUGGUGGGCGAGACCGAACAAAGAGGGUCCAGAGAGGAGGGCGUGAGACACCCGCGGUUUUCUUUUUUUGUGAUACUCGGUAAACGGUGGUGGGGGGAACGUGACAGCGCCUAACGAUGAGGGCGAGUUGCGGGAGGAUAACUUUCGGCGAUGCACAGGCGAUGUGGUGUUCAUUAGCUUCGCCGUGCAGCGCUUUGACUUACCGGUGGUGAGGAGUACGUUCAGUUCAGAAACACGCUGUUUUGUGGUCGAUGUCGACGUCGACAAGCAAGCGUUGUUGCUCGAGGUGGAGUGCUCGCAGGAGGAGUUGUUGUUUUCGCGUUUUUUCUGCGUCGUUUUGGCAGUGCUCUUGGUGGGACGGUUUCCAACAUGUAUGUACACCGGGCCAGUGUUCCACAGACAGCAACAUCAGUUCUCGCGUUGUUGUCGUGUUGUUUCUUGCGACCGUGUAAAAACCAAUUGUUUGCCCCCUUGAUGGUGUGGUGGUGGUGUAUAUCCGCAUUUAAUUUGAAAUGCUCAUGUAGAUGGUUGGUUCUGGAAAACCGAGAUAAUACAAUGGCAGCGAUGAUGAUG